GCGAGGUCCAGCGCGCAGGAAAGCCCCGCGCGGCGCGUGGAGCUUGAGCGCACAGGCACCUUUCAUCCCCAAUGGGGUGGCUUCAUACCAAGUUCCUGACCUCUGUGAGCUGCCUGAUUUUGCUGUGGGUGGCUGACUCCGGGAGCAUUGAGGUCCUGGGUGAGCCCACCUGCUUCUCUGACUACAUCAGCAAUUCCAGCUGUGAGUGGCAGCUGGGUGGCCCUAUCGACUGCAGAGCUCAGCUCAACCUGUCCUACUGGCUGGACUUCGAGUUCUUUGAAAACCUCACAUGCAUCCCAGAGAACAGUGCCAGCUCCAAAUGUGUGUGCCACAUGAACACAGAUGCAGUGAUCCAGGCAGACACCUACCAGCUGAUCCUGUGGGCUAAGGAGCAAUUGCUGUGGCAGGGCUCCUUCAGGCCCAGUGACAAUGUGAAGCCCCCGGCUCCGGGCAACCUCACGGUCCACUCCAAUGUCUCCAACGCAUGGCUGUUGACAUGGAGCAACCCGUACCCCAUGAAGAACACACUGUACAAUGAACUCAUCUACAUGGUCAACAUCUCCAGAGUGGACAACCCUGAGGAAUUCAUAGUCUAUAAUGUGACCUACAUGGAACCCAAGCUGCAACUCCCAACCAAUACCCUCAAGUCGGGGGUGCAAUACAUGGCACGGGUGAGGGCCUUGGCCCAGAGCUUCAGUGGCACGUGGAGUGAGUGGAGCCCCGGCGUCAUGAUAUACAACAACUUCCCACUGCCCCUGGUGCAGCGCCUCCCCCUGGGGGUUGGCAUCUCCUGCUUCUGCAUCCUGUUGUUUUGCCUGUCAUGCUACAUCGGCAUCAUCAAAAUUAAGAAGACAUGGUGGGACCAGAUUCCCACCCCAGCACGAAGUCCCCUGGUGGCCAUCAUCAUUCAGGACUCACAGGUGCCUCUCUGGGAAAAGCAGACCCGAAGCCAGGAGUCAACCAAGUGCCCACGCUGGAAGACUUGUCUGACCAAACUCCUGCCCUGCUUGCUAGAGCAUGGCCUGAAGAAAGAGGCAGAGUCCCCAAAGGCUGCCAAAACCGGGCCUCUCCAGAGUCUUGAAAAGGCAGCCUGGCAUCCUGUGGCGGUCAGCAGGACGGUCCUUUGGCCAGAGAAUGUCAGUGUCAGUGUGGUACGCUGUAUGGAGCUGUUUGAGGCCCCAGUAGAGAGUGAGGAGGAAGAAGAGGAGAUGGUCAAAGGGGACUUGAGCCUGUUACCUGAGAACAGUGCAGGUGGCUUGCAGGAGGGUCAGGCAGACAUCAUGGCCCGGCUCACUGAAAACCUGUUUUCAGACUUGCUGAAGGCUGAGGAUGGGGGCAUUGGCCAGUCAAGUCUGGGGGAGUUGUGCUCCCCUCUGCCUUCAGAAAGUGGGCAGGCUUCUGUGGCCUGGCCCUGCUUCCCCAUGGGGCCUGAGGAGGCCACAUGCAAGGCCACAGAGCAGCCUUCACACCCGGGCCCUCCUUCAGGCACGCCAACCCACAGUGCAACUGACCCAACGUGCACACAGGUGCCACUUGUCGUCACAGAUAACCCUGCCUACCGUAGUUUUAGUGACUUCGGAAGCCCAUCCUCGCAUCCUGGAGAGCUGGCCUCAGAACAGCAGCAGGUUGCACACCUGCAAGAAGAGGACCCUCCAAGCCCAGCUGACCCCCACUCUUCAGGUCCACCUAUGCAGCAGGUGGAAAGCUGGGAACAAAUCCUUCACCUCAGUAUCUUGCAGCAUGGGGCAGCUGGCCAUGCCUCAGCCCCUAUUAGUGGCUAUCGGGAGUUUGUGCAGGCAGUAAAACAGGGUGCCAUCCAGGACCCCAGGGUGCCUUGCUUUGGGCCCAGUGCAGAUGCUGGUUACAAGGCUUUCUCUAGCUUGCUCAGCCACAGCUGCACGGACACAGCAGGACCGGGGACUGUCAGUGGGAAUGGAGGUUACAAGCCCUUCCAGAACCCUGUUCCUAACCAGUCCCCUAGCUCAAUGCCCUUAUUCACCUUCGGACUGGACAUGGAGUCACCACCCAGUUCUCUGAACUCAGUCCCACCCAGCAGCACCCCAGAAUGCCUUGGUCUGGAGCUAGAACUCAAAGGCGGUGACAGACUAAAGGCCCCUCCUCCUGCAGAUCAAGUGACCAAGCCCUCUGGGGACGACCUGGGCCUUGGCAUUGUCUACUCUUCCCUCACCUGUCACCUGUGUGGCCACCUGAAGCAGCACCACAGCCAGGAGGAAGGUGGCCAGAUCCACGUGGUUGCUAGCCCCUGCUGUGGCUGCUGUUGUGGGGACAGGUCACCAUCCCCAGGGAGCCUCUCAGGAGCCUUGGAAAGCUGCCCUGGGAAGAUGCCACCAGAAGCCAGCCUCACCUCAGCACCCAGGACACCUUCAAACUUGUCAGUGGAGGGUAAGACCACUGGUCAUGCUAUUUCCAGCCAUAUCACCAAGGUGCCUGCAGGCACCCUGAGCAUGGCGGUUUCUUAGGUGAGUGAGCGUGCUGUUGUUGAGGUCUGUAAUGAGACCAGGGUUCAUCCAAGCCAGGAACGUACCUCCUAGGAGAUGAUAGCCCAGCUGGCAGGCUUCCCUGAAAUCCAGAGAAUGGUGAAUUGAAGAUGAGAACUUAGCCUGACCCUGGAGCUUGGAGCCUGGCUGCCUUCCCACCACUGCCCUGGGCUCUCCUCACAAGGGGUUUGAGGGCUCCGUGUUCUGUAUCUCACAACAGUACUGAGGGUCCUAAGCCCCCUGCUCUCCCAGUUGUUGGUACCCUACCUGCUCAGGCCUAUUUUUCCCCCACCAAAUAGAUCUGUUGCCUAAGGUCCAUAGCAGUCCUGGCACAGCUGCUUGACUCUCAUUGAGCUGAAAGUUGAGCCUAGACACUCAGAGCUGGCAGGAGGCUGCCAGUGGCUUGGGAGGCACUAAAAAUGGGUAGAAACAGUAGGUUCAAGAAGGUCAGCUAUUGGAAAACUGCUGUGGGUUGAGGCUGGAGGCAGAAUAUGCUGUCACAGCUAACUCGGUUGUGGAGAGCAGCAAAGCUACAAGAAAGUUUUGAUUGCCUAAAGUAACCACAGUCACUGCCAGUUGCUGAUAUGCUACCUGCAGCCAGGGCUCCUGAAAUGUGGAGGUGGGGAUGCCAAAAACCAGACGCAGCUGCCCAGGGGACGGUCCCAGUGUACACCGCUGCUGGCCGUCAAGAUGAGACCACAAAGGAAUGGGGCUGGUUGUGGUUGGUGGCCAGGUGGUAGCAGAGAACAGACUGAAGUCUGACUGCUUUCUGGAAAGAUGGGGCCAGAUUGAGCAGUGUCCGUAUGUCUUUGCCUUUGCUACAACAAAUAUGUUUGCAAGGAGGGCAGGCCAGGCCACGUGGAGCUUAACGUCAAUAAAGACUCUUUAUCUUGUCA